AUUUAGCCUCUAAAAAAUCAAGAUUUUCUCUCUCACACACUCACACACAAAACUCCCCAGCAUAAAAGCUCCGAGGGCAGUCCUUUUCUCCUUCAUACCACUCCAUUCGAAUUCUCCGCCAAGUUUUUGUGACAUUUCCAGGAAUCGAGAUCUGUUUCUACCUAUUGACGGUACGUAUCAUGGGUAUGGAGGUUGUAGACUCGAAAUUAGCCUUGGAUGCUCUGAGUGAAACCGAUGUCUCGGCUGAAGUUGGAAAAGUUGACAUAAAGUUUGGCUCUCAUGGUGCCGAGGAGCCGGCAAAAGGUGUGGAACUGAAUAAAGUUGCCGAGUCCAAUUUCCCUAAGGAUGUGGUCGAUGAGUGGCCUGAGCCCACGCAGAUUCACUCCUUUUACAUUGUUAGAUACCGAGCAUUUGAAGACCAAAAUCUGAAGGCCAAGCUUGAUAUGGCUGAUAAAGAUCUGCAGAAAAAGAACCAGGCGCGGUCACAGAUUUUUGAGAAACUGAAGGCCAAAAGGGCCGAAAGGGCGGAGGUCAGAACUCAAAUACAUUCUUUAAGUGUUGAGAACAAACAGUUUAGGUCUGUAUUGGAUGAAAAGAGAAAAGAAAUGGAACCUCUUCAGCAGGCUCUAGGCAAGUUGAGAGGUUCGUCUGGUUCUAGAGAUAAUAGGGGCGCGGGUGUAUGUUCAUCCGAGGCCGAACUCAAUGAUGUUAUCAAAAGCUUGCAAUACCGUAUUCAACACGAAAGUAUUCCUCUCAGUGAAGAGAAACAGAUUCUCAGAGAAAUUAAACUACUUGAGGGAACAAGGGAGAAGGUUAUUGCUUAUGCUUCUGAGAGGGCAAGGAUUCAGGAUUCGUUGGGGCAAAAGGAAGAUAUCCAAGACCAGGUCAAAUCGAUAGGAGUGGAUCUCGAUGGAGUUAGGAAGGAGAAACAGGUGGUGUUUGCCAAGAUCAAACAGCUAGAUGAAGAAAAGUUGGAUCUUGAGAAAGACAUAAAUGCCUUAGAAGAAGAACUUACUGCAGUUACCGAGAAGAGGGAUAAGAUUUUUCAGAGCAUUACUGAAAUGAGGAAAAAACGAGACGAAGGGAAUUCCCCCUUCUACAAUAACCGUAACCUCUUGGCAAAGGCUAAAGUACUUGCAUCAAAAAAGGAUAUCAAUGCUGUGAAGGAGCUUUCAAAUACAGAGGCUGAGAAUUUCAUGGCCCUCUGGAAUGGUAAUAAGGCUUUCCGGACCGACUACGAAAGUAGAAUUUUGCAAUCACUCGAUUCAAGGCAGUUGAGCAAGGACGGCCGCUUGAGGAACUUUGAUGAGAAACCACUAGUGGUAGCUGAGAGACCAGUUCCGUCAGAGGCCGAGGUUGUCCCGACAAAAGCCAAGGAAACCUCCAGGGUGGAAGCUACUCCCCUCGAGAAGAAAGUAGUCGGGAAAGCCAAGAGCGGUAAAAACCAUAAAGAAGAAACCAAGGCCGAAUCCGCCUUGGCGAAAACCGACAAGGAAUACGAACAAGAGGCCCCUCCUGUGGAAAAGCCACAGAAGGAUCCUCGUCAAGUAGUCGUUGACGAGAAGAAGCUGAAGGAGCUCAAGAGAGAGGAAGAGAUCACGAAGCGUAAUCAGGCGGAGGAGAGGAAGAAGAAGCUGGCAGAGAAGGCGGCCACCAAAGCAGCGAUAAAAGCUCAGAAGGAAGCCGAGAAGAAGCUCAAAGAGCGCGAGAAGAGGGCAAGGAAGAAGAGCGGUGGCGGUGGGGCUGCUGCUGCAGCCGAGUCUGAGGAAGCCGGGGAGGCUGUUGCGGAGGAUGCUGAGGCGGAGAAGGCGGAGGAGAAGGUUGAAGUGGAAGUGGCAGUGGCGAAGAAGAGCAAGGAGCGGAAGGAACACUCGGUGAGGCAGAGGGGGCGCGCCAGGGGCGGGGAUUCUCUGCCCAAGGCGAUACUGAAACGCAAGAAGGCAACGAACUACUGGAUGUGGGGCGCGGCCGCAGCUGCGCUGGUGGCGAUUUUGGUUGCGGUGGUUGGCUAUAGCUAUCUGAAUUGAGGCAAUAUAUGAUAGAGAAGACAAUGAAAAUUGAGAAACAAUCCCCAGUUUUUGAGUCCAUGUUUUUCCUUGUGGUUUGUAGAACAGUUGAUCUAAACAGAUAUAUUACACACUUGCUUUUAUA